AUGAAUAAAUUAUUUCUACUACUUCAAUUAAUGUGCCCAGCUGUUCCAUGGGUAACUGUUUAUCAUACAUUGGAAACAUUCGAUCAACAGGCUCAUACUUGUUUUUAUUACACGAAUCUCAAAUCAGGCAUUCAGUCCGUUCCAUAUUGUAUUCAAUCAACCGCAUUUUUACUAAACAAUAGUUCGACAAUUGCGUCUAAUUGUUCUGAUGCUGGCACACAGUACUCAUUUUAUGAAUUGUUUCAGCUCGGUUAUGAUGUUACUCAUCUUCUACAAUGGCAUGCGCCAAUAGAUGACGCCGAGAAAUAUGCUGUAUAUCUGAAUGAUCAUCCAAAUAAUGAAUCCAAUUUAAACGAUAAUUUCAUUUGUAACUGUUCACAUCCAACUGUAUUUGGUCAUUCUUGUGAAUAUCAAUUGUAUGCUGGUGAAACGAUUCCAGAAGCUAUUAAACAGCAAUUUAGUGAGCGUGUAAAGCAUCGCAUGGGCACUCAAAUACACGGAAGACGAUCGUGUUAUACAACGAUUGACCAAUGUGAUUCUGGUUUGCUUUGUUUGGAGUGGCGGCAAGUGUGUGACGGUAUACAAAAUUGUAUGUAUGGUUUGGAUGAAGAGAAUUGCCAUAAACUUGAAUAUAAUGAAUGCGAAGAUGAUGAAUACCGUUGUGGUAACGGAAUGUGUAUACCAGGAGAAUAUUUUGUUGAUGGUAAGUGA